GGCAGAGCUGCCAGUGUGAGGCUGCACUCAGAAACAGAGCAGAGCCCUCUGCGUUAGCACGCUACACUGUCUCAGAAAGCUACCUUGGUGGAUAGAGAGGCAGAUGGAAAAGACCUGAACGAAGGUUGCAGCACAACUGAGAAUAACAACUCCUUCUCCGUAACCAUGGAAACCACUGAGCAAUCAGAGCUAGCGAUGGACUGUGUAGUAGAGGUUGCUGUGGCUGAUUCACUUGAUCAGGGAAAGGAUUUCAGUGCAGAUGAUGAGCAAGUUUGUUUAGAGAUGGACUCAUCAGAUUUCCAGGGGGAAACUGACAAAUUAUUAACUGACCUGCCAAGUGGCACAAUUGAGACUGACAGGCCUGACUGCUCUGAGACCAGUGUUUGCACUGAAAUGCCUUGUCAAGAUCAAAAGGAGGCUUUGAUAUUAGAAUCAGGGCAUGAAGAGCUCAACAGGAAUGAGUCAAUCGCCUCAUCUGUGUCCGACACACCCUCCAGUGCUGACAGUGUUUAUGAGAAUGACGCUCACCGUAAGAGGCAGGACACGUCUGAUUCUGAGCCAAAACAAGUCCCUGAACCAGAGCAGUGUCCUGACCCAGAACAAGACCCUGAACCAGAGCAGUGUCCUGACCAAGAACAAGACCCUGAACCAGAGCAGUACCCUGGUCUGGGGCAGUACCCUGAACCAGAGCAGUGUCCUGACCCAGAGCAAGACCCUGAGCCAGAGCAAUACCCUGAUCUGGGGCAGUACCCUGAGCAAGUCGAAGACCUUGGGCUAGGGCACUACCCUGAGCCAGAACAAGACCUUGAACCAGACCAGUACCCUGAGCCGGAGCAAUACCCUGAGCUAGAGUUAUACCCUGAGCCGGAGCCUGAGGCUGAGGAUAAUGAGCUGAAUCUCAAAGAUGAUGAUUAUCAAAAUGUGACAAUAGACACAGAAGAGGACCCAGAGGCCCAUGACAUCCUGUUCGAACCUCCUAUUACAGAGGAGUCUAUGUUGGAGCAGCGUAUUAGAGAAGACGCAACGUCAGAUGUUUCCAAUGAAUCCUGCCAUGACCUUGAGCCUGAUGAAAUGGAUGAAUGCCUAAGAGUUGAGAUUGCAGCAGCUUCCUCAGACAGUGAGACAGAUGAAAAAUGGAGAACAAUAUUCUCUUCUUCUAUAAAUAAAGAAGAUGAUGACUCAUAUUUGGACAGUCUUCAGCUUAGUGCCCAAGAGCUCUUUGUGCAGAAAGUUGAGGUGACAGACUUUGAGGAACAAGGCAACAACAACUUUGAAGAGGUCCGUUUUGAGGUUCCACAAGUGGAAGAAGUUCUAGAACAACCUGAGGACAUCGUUUCCUUUCCUACCCCUCCACAAGAGGUUAAAUACAACCCUUUAGGCCUUCAAGGUUUGUCCAAAAUCUCUGAAGAUGACAGUGAAAAUGGCAGAGAUGCCAAUCAUAACCAAGCCAACCACCAAAAGCACAUCAGUGCAGAUUCUAACAAGAAGCUACCCAAAGACUUCUGUGUGAUACAAGAGACCAUGAGCGAGAAUGUUAGCACAGAGCAUGUGGACUUCCAAUUGGCUCGUAAACAGUGGCGGGAAAUGGAAGAGCAAACCAUGAACAAGAUUGUCUUACCUACAACCAAACAGCCCAGUUUCCAUGGCAGCCACAGCUUCAUGUACACGCCUGUCCGCAACAUUGAAAGGACUCACAAGAAAGCACACGAUCUGGAGAACUUGAAUCUAGUUGGCGAUUAUCCUCACACCCAAUUCAGCCCCUGCUCAGAGGAUUCUGGCCUGGAUGAUUCCAGUUACAGGUCUCCUUACGAUGACCCGGAAACACCAGUAGAGAGGGAGAUUCGCAUGUCAAUGGAGAGGGAGGAAAACUUCAAGAGAGAGAGGGGCCUCUCCAGGAUGGGCAAAUCAACUGAUUGUGUUCCAUCACGAAGUAUGCCUCGAUCCAUAAGCACUCCACUGACACCAUCAUUCAUCAUCACCUCCUCACCCACUAAGGAACCACUGAAACAUGAAUUAUCAGCAAACAAUGUCAUCAUUCUCGACCCUAGCAAUGAUUUCACCUCCAGCCCCAGACGUGACAAAGACAGUGUGGCAGCUCAGUCCCGAGAGUGGUGCUCUGAGGACAGCAGCUCCAACCUCAUCAUCCUAGAGACAUCCAAUCUGAUUAUUCGCAGUACCUCCGAGUUCUCACUCAAUAAAGCCAGUGAGCAGCCCCAGGAAAAAAUGUUCCUGAACAACCCCUUUUUCAAGCUGCGUUCAAGGAGCACAAUGUCACUGGUGGAUGAAGAAAUAAAGAUGGUGAAGCAGAGGGAGGAUGAGCUGAGGAAGGAGAGGGCAAAUCUAUAUGGCAAAGACAGGUUCAAUACAGACAGGAUACUGUCAAAUCACAUGGACACUUUGGCGUUUGACAAUUCAGUUGAUGUACCAGUGAAGUGCAAGUCCUCUCCAUCAUCACCAAUGAAAACAGCCUACAGGAUGGAUCGCUCCGCUCUAUCCUGUGAUCACAGAUUUCCAGAGGUCUACACAGGAGGAAGACGCAAGAGUGCCAUGGCUCUGCGCUGGGAGGCGGGCGAGUUUACAAAAAACGACUAAAGAGGAUCAAGUCAAAAGUUUGCCAUUUAAGGGCAUUGAUUGUCAGUGUUAUACCCAUUCAAGUGAAAUGCAGUGUUGCGAUUGUUUGUUUCAUCUUGUGACAUAACCUAAACUCUCUGCUUCUGUGAUGCUUUGGGCAAAACUAAGACAAUAAGAAUGUUUGUGGCCACAUUACUUUGGAAUACGUCAAUAGAGAACUCAGACACACAGAAUUAGACUGAACCGUGGACAUUAGUAACAUCUUUAGAUGCCCACGCAGCACUGAAAUGACCUCAUCAUUUUUUUAAUUGACACUCAUAGCUGGAAGGCUGCUGGUUUCAGCUCUUACUAGGUUACAGCUUUAACAACUUGCUGGAGUAGUAAAGUAAGGUUUAUUACAAUAUUGACACGGACGGUGCCAACACACAGUUUCCAUUUAAAUUCAUUAUGAAUAAACAAUACUGAUAUUUUGCACGUGUGGCAGGUGGUGAUGGUAUAAAAGAGAGGCAAACCCAGGUUAUCAGCUUUUGUGUCAUGCAAUAAUUUUCUAUAACUUCAUGCCUCUGUGUGGAUUAUUACUUGCCUACUGAGGAACUGUUUAAAAGAUCUUAUCCACAAUCACUGAAACUCAAAAAAUGCCAGAGAAAGAAAACAGCAUUUGGCCUUUUUUAUGACGAUACUAGGAAAGGACAGGCCUAUCUUAAUACAUUACUCAAAUGUCAUAUGUAGGCUUCAGCAGUGAGUCAGAAAAAAUCACUGUCUCUAGUGUAAUGCUGCUGGUCGUGUUUUGAGUGUUGGUCUUGUGUCAGGGCUAAGAUUGUGCCGAUAUUAAAGCUGCAUGAAUUGAUUUUUUCAGCAGAAACAACCUAGUAACAAAACAUUAACACUUUAUCACCUUACGCAGUAAAUGGUUACCUAUUCACACAUCCAGCAGACACCAGCCUGGUCACCAGAGGAGAGAAAUUUCUACAAACCAGAUUUGUACAUUUCAAAUGCAUCAAAUCAACCUUUCUAAACAGAUGCUUCUCAGAUUACAUGCAGAUGGGCUGAGUUCAUCCUAGCACCAAAUUUGUCAGAUGUGUUGACAAAUAUAUUUAGAACAAAUCUGGAUAUUGGGGCAUCAGAAACUCGCCUCCUGGUGGCCAGAGCAGGCAAUUGAAUCCAACCUGUCCAUGAACCCGCCCCAUUAAUUGGAUCCACUCCAAAAUGUAAUGGUUUCUAAGUUGGACCAUGCAUCUGCAGCAAUGUGAAAUCAUUCUGUCAGCUCUAUUAUUAAGGCUACACUAGUUAGAUAUCAUAUGUUCAAACACAUUUGGUGUUGAUCCAACUCAAGGGGCGUGUCCACGGGCCGCCUAUUCACUUCCAUUCAUUUUUUGGAUGAGGAUUACGUGGAAACUGUCCGACCGAUUUUCACAAAACUUGGUGGAGGCAUGUAGCAUGGUCCAACUUAGAAGCCAUUACAUUUUGGAGUGGAUCCAACAGGUAGGAUUCAAUUGCCUGCUCUGGCCACUGGGGGGCAAGUUUCUGAUUUGUUCUAAACAUAUUUGUCAACACAUCUGACAAAUUUGGUGCUUUUAUCACAAUUAUGAACGAUGUUAUAGCAGUGCCGCCCCACUAUCCGGAAGAGGUAGGGAUGGUGAUUCGUGAAAACCAUGAUCCGAGACUGUGUAACCGCAGACACGUUCUGUUUGUAGCGUCCACGACACGCCCUGACAAAUCAUGCCCACCACUAAUACAUGACAAAUCCACCAUCACAACAAUCAUCUGAACCCUGCUACAACCUGACACUGAAGUGAACAAAUAUGAGGCUAAAUGUAGUAAUAAUCUGCUUUAUAAUCCAUUGUAAUGAAGAUGUGGUGACUUUAUAUGUAACGUGAAGUUACCUUCCCAUUACCCUAACCUUAACCACCUCUCUCUUAACCUUACACUCUAUAGCUAGCUAAUUGCUAACUUAGCAUUUUCAUUAUGGCUUCAGCUUCUGGGCCGAGGAGUGAACGGGGCUUCUCAUGGACUGAUGUGGUGGUUAAGGUGCGUGGGUCAUAAAGCUGCCCCAGCUGCAGCUAUAGCUAGUGAUGGCCAAAUGAAGCCUCAUGAAGCAUUUUCUUUAUUUCAUGACCCCACUAGAUGGCAAUUUUUGCUCAACAAAAGGUUGAAAGCACAUGGAAUUGCCAUUCUUUGAGCCUCUCUCUUUAAACCAUGAGCGCCAUCUAGUGGGCUCAGAAAAUAAAGAAAAUGCUUCAUGAGGCUUCAUUUGGCCAUCACUAGCGAUAGCUACUCGCACGAGACUGCUGCCAAGCAUCGGACCACUAUUUGACACCAACAAAUAACAAAAGUGGAUGUUAAUUGGCGGCACAUUGCUGCGGCGUUGGUGGCACCACAACUCAGUGCUUUUUUAGGCACACACCAUGACAUUUCCAGCGGUGAUUGUGGCACCAAAACCGGUUAUUAUAAGCUAGAACAUGAUCUUUUCCUAACCAUAAUAAAGUGUUUUUUGUGAACAUAACCACAUUAACCACGCUGUAGAGCAGAGCAACAGUAUCAUCGAUUUGAAGUUGUGUUUGCGUCCACCAGGGGUCGUAUUCACAAACAUCCUGAGAACCCUCUCACAGAGCUCCUAACUCAGCCUAAAGACUUUUAGUGAGGUGUCCUCGCUUAGGAGUGAUUUAGGAAAGUUCUCAGAGCGACUCUGAGCGAGGAAGGGACAGAAACUUUAACCUCAGUGAGGAGAUGUGGUCGACCCCAUUGCUAGGUGUGAUGCAUUCUUUAACAGAUGCGAUUGGUUGUCACAGACACGCCCCUUUGUGAGCCUGUAAGGUGAGGACACUCAGUGGACAUGAGAUGAACUGCUGACUGUGACAGUGUCAGUGUGAUCACUGCUGAUGGAAGGUUGAGACAGACUCAACUCAUCACUGCUGCGCUGCACAAAUAUUCUCCCUGCAUGAUUUAUUAACUCACUGUCAUCCAGUGUUUGGAGAAUGUUUCUCCAACCUCUUCGUCUUUCUGUCAUUUUCUCCUCUGAUUGAGAAACUGUUAAGCCUCUUAAAGUGCUCCUCACUACUCCUAACACCUUUUCACCUUAGGAACCCUUUAAGAGCCAAGACACUUUGUAAAUAACUUUUAUCUUCACAAGGAAGGACCUAGUCUUAACUUUAAGGGGAAAUUCUAAGAAAAUGUCAAAUUCUAAGAAUUUUCUUAGAAUUGUGUCACAAGGCGUGACUCUUAGUACGAGGACUUUGUGAAUACGGCCCCAGAAGUCCAACAUUCAUUCUUUUUAGCUUUGGUUUGGUCUCCACUGAAUCAUUAGAAACACACUUGACUGGUGUUAGCUGGUAUUUAACUUUAUCUGUCGCGUGUUCGGUGAUUGGGAGGCAGUUUAGAGUGGGUUUAUCAAAGCCCUCUGACUGAAAACAGCUGCCCGCUGAGGUUAAUGAGUAGCAGGCCAGAGAAAAUAAAAAACAACAAGCUCAAAGAUGAAAAAAAUUCAGUACAGCUGAAGUGAACCGCAGAGCUGGUGACGUUUCUCUGUGGAUUUACCACGGCGAGCAACGCUUUAAAUAUCACCCAGUCACUGGAUCCAUUUCAAAUAUAAAGAGAUGAUUAGUGCUGCUUUAAGGGGAACAGAACUAAUAAGGUGGAGGCACACUUGGACACAACACCAACAGCAAAUCUGCCUGCAGCUGCUGAAGUAUUCCUGUGCUGCAGCCACAGACCAGAGGAGACUGACCUCAGAUUAGGACUCUGUUACAGUGUGGUCCCACUAUGAAAAGAUGGUUUUAGGCCAUUAUAGAUGGGAGGAACGAUUACAGUCAAGUCUUUUAAUACACAUAUGACAUUUGACUAUUUUAUUAAAAUAGAUGAAAAAUAUCUGAACCUUUCCUUUAUGUACAAGAUGAUAAUUUGCUGACAGUAAAUUCCAAGUCGUUUUUUGCUGAGAUGCCUGAAUGUUAGACAAAUGUAUCAUUGAGUCUACUCUUUGCUAAGCUUUUCUUGACAUAAAUGUAAUUCAGAUUUGAAAACAUAUUUUGAUGUUAUUGUACGUCUUGAUAAAGCAAAUGCUACAUUGCUAAGUGUAUAUUAAUUGUAUUUUCGUACUAUGCUUUUUUGCUGCAAAAUAAUAUUUGAGGUGAGCUGGACGGGAUAAAACAGCACAGUAUACAAACUAUAAUAUAUUCAUGCCUUUCACUGGAACAAUCAUCCACAGAACAUUAAAUAAUUCACAUAGGGAACAUUUUAUUGAGAGUGAAUAUAAAUAUGCAUUUUAUUUUUCAUUUGGUCACUCCCUGAGUGACUGAGAUACUUCAGCACACAAAAGUUAACCCUGAACUAGCGUCACGUUAUGCUGAAUGAGCGACAGUAGGACAAUCCAAUAAGUGCAGGUGUUUCUGUGCCGUCGCAGAGGUCAAACCUACAGGACCAACGACACUAUAUGAAAAGCGGACAUCCAUUGUUUGGAUGAAAUGAAACUCCAUAAAUGAUAAUAUUGUAUUUUUUAUGCAAUAAAACCAUGAAAUGAAUGUUUGCUUACUGUGAAGCCACAAUACAUUCACACAAACCUUAAUGUCCAAUCAAAUUCUGACUUUAUCUUCCAACAAUUUUUUUUUUUUUCAAAUUGUACGUAACGGGGCAAUCAUGGGGCAGAAUUCAUGUUUAAGCACUUUUCUUUGUGGCUUCCUGUACUGCUAUUUGAUGGUUUUAAUAAAGAAAUGACGAUCAUUAUUUACAAAGCCUUGAUAUUUCCAGCUACUCUGAAAAGCAGCUUCUAAGAGCUUGGUACUUUCUUGACCUUUGAUUCAACUGACCUUAAACAGCAUUGUUUUACAUGUUAUGUUUGUAUGCUUCAUUGUUAAAUUAUAGCUUACAGAUCUCAAGGAUUGCUUGCUGAUGUUUAAACAUUCUGUGAAGAAGUCCCUCCCAUGGUUUCCUGGGUUUAUUGGGCUAUUUCUGACUUUGUGCGGGGGCUUUUUACUUUGUAUUCCUCGUGCAAGUAUUGAAGAGAUUAG